AUGGCACCAUAUGAAGUUUUGUAUGGCCGAAAAUGUAGAUCUCUGAUAUACUGGACUGAAGUUGGGGAUAGGGUCUUACUUGGACCUAAACUUGUGCAGAUAACUACCGAUAAAAUCAAAGUUAUUCAACAAAGGCUUAAGACAGCUCAGAGCCGACAAAAGAGUUAUGUAGAUGUCGGAAGAAGGCCCCUUGAAUAUGAGGUUGGUGAUCAUGUAUUCAUCCGUGUGAAUCCAAUGAAAGGCCAAUUAAGAUUUGGUAAAAAGGGUAAAUUAUCACCCUGUUACAUUGAAUCGUUUCAAAUCCUAGAAAGGCUUGGUCCAGUUGCUUAUAGAGUUGCUUUACCAUCGGGAAUGGAGCAAAUGCACAAUGUGUUUCAUAUAUCAAUAUUGAAGGGCUCUCUCCGAGAUCCAUUCCAUGUGAUUGACUAUCACCGAAUAGCACUUGACGAAUAUAUGGAGUACAAGGAAUGGCCAGAACGGAUCAUUAACCGACAAGUAAAGCAACUAAGGAACAAAUCCAGUCCACUGGUAAAGAUGGAAUGGAAAGAACAUUAUGGAAGAGAUGCCACGUGGGAGAAGGAAGAAGAGAUGCGACAACACUACCCACAUUUGUUUUCAACGGAAGGAAACAUAAGUUUGGGGGACCAAACUUUCUAA